AUGUCUUUUCCUGAGCAUACCUCUGCCAUCAACCUGAACUUGCCGCAUGCCGCAGAUUUGCGCAAUCAGUGGGAUAAAAUCCUCGCCGAUCAUGGCAAAGCUCUAGCCACAGCAAGCUCUCAGGGCUCUGAAACGGCGCAGAAAAGCCAUGUUGGGCGAGGGCAGUUACUUGCAAGAGAUAGAGUCGCUCUGCUCCUUGACGAAGACUCGCCGUUCCUUGAGCUCGCGCCAUUUGCCGGUCACCAACUUGAAGAUUCCACAGCGUCAGCAAGCGUAGUAGCUGGUAUUGGGAUGGUAUGUGGUGUCUGCUGCAUGAUAUUUGCACACAUUCCAUCCAUCAGUGGAGGGGCAUGGAAUGAAUACACAGUACGAAAACAAAAUAGAAUCACCGAAAUUGCUACAGAAAACGGGCUUCCAAUUAUCGCUCUUGUCCAAUCGGCAGGCGUCUUCCUUCCAUAUCAAUUCCGCGUAUUUCACCCCGGGGGCCAGAUAUUUAGGGAUUUGGCAGUCCGUUCCAGCCUAGGAUUAUCCUCAUGUGCCGUCGUAUUUGGAUCAUCCACCGCUGGAGGUGCCUAUCAUCCGGCACUCUCAGAUUAUACGAUUUUCGUGAAAGACCAAGCGCAAGUUUUCCUGGGUGGACCUCCGUUGGUGAAGAUGGCAACUGGUGAAAUAUGUGAAGCAGAGGAGCUAGGAGGGGCUGCGAUGCAUGCGAAGACGACUGGACUUGCAGAUCAAUUGGCCUCGGAUGAAUUCGAUGCCAUCAAUAAAGCUCGAACCUGGGUGUUAACUACGGCUGCUGCAAGGUCCCCUUUGUAUGGGCAACGUGCUAUGCCGCGCCAAGUAACCCCACCAAAGUACCCUGCAGAGGACCUGUUGUCAUUUGUGAAUCCCGAUAUUCGACAACCAUUGAACAUGAUGGAAGUGGUGUUAAGGAUAGUGGAUGGUGGGCGAGUUGAGAUUUUCAAACCUGCAUAUGGAACGAAUAUGCUGACAGCGUGGGCGUAUAUUCAUGGAAGUAUAUGUGGGAUUAUCGCAAAUCAACAAUCGGUGAUCAAUCCCCACGAAGCAAACAAGACCACGCAGUUCAUUCGAUUAUGCAACCAAGGGAAUAUCCCAAUCGUCUUCCUUCACAACGUUUCCGGAUUUAUGGUUGGCCUCCAAACUGAACAAGCCGGCCUCAUCAAGCUAGGGGCACAGCUAAUCAGUGCUCUUUCCACCAGCACUGUUCCGCAUAUCAGUAUCAUCUGCGGUGCGUCGUACGGUGCUGGGAAUUAUGCUAUGUGCGGCCGAGCGUAUAAGCCGCGAUUUCUCUUCACCUGGAUCACAGGUCGUUGUUCCGUUAUGGGACCAGACCAGCUCUCUGGAGUGAUGCAGGAAAUUACGCGCGCUUCAGCCAAGAAGUCUGGUGCCACGCUGGACGAGGCAAAGCUCCAGGCACGUGUUCAAAAGUUCCGCGAGAGUGUUCAGCGAGAUUCAGGGGCCUAUUGGACGUCGGCGCAUCUGCUCGACGAUGGCAUUAUUGAUCCCCGAGAUACCCGUGAUGUCCUAGGCUUCUGUCUGGAGGUUGUCCAGAUGAAGGAUGUGAAAGGAAACCCUGCCUCAAAAACAUUAGCACGAAUGUAAGGAAAGCUGAGAUACUGAACAUGUGUAGAUAGUGUAUAAGAUGGUGAUAUUGAGGUUGGACUGAAGACUAUGAGUUAGCACUAUAGAUAGUACUAUACUACUAAAUAACGCCGCG